AUGAGGGAAGCCGAAGUAGCGACUGCACGCACACGAACCCUCUAUGGUCAGCCAGCACUCGCUGUUCAUACUCGCGCGCAUUCUAAGCGAUACUACAUACCCUCCAACCUCAUCGGUCAUUUGAGAAUUCCACGACGCAUACCACAUUUUCGAUCGUCACGGCGCACACCUCACACCACUGCGAUGGAUAAGAAGGGCGGCGCUUACGGCGGUGCAGCAGGCGGAGGCGAUACCGACUUUCGUAAAACGUACGACCGCGAAAAGUACGCGGUACUUGCCAAAGAACGCGAACAGCGCGAGCGCGAUGAAGGGAAAGCCCGCUAUGAAGCCAAACAAGAAGGGCGCUCCUACCGGCGUCGCGCCUCUACACCUGAGGAUCUCAGGAUGGCCGAAGUGCGCACUUCGCGCGUCGACGUUGCCUCGUUGGUCGGGAAAACCAUGCUCGUCCCCGCUGGCUCAGGCGUAGGAAAGCGUGGAAAAUCCGCAGGGUUUUACUGCGAGGCCUGCGACAUUACGCUGAGGGAUAGUCCGAGUUGGAUAGAGCAUCUGAACUCGAAGCAGCACUUGAGCAACACGGGGCAGAGCAUGGAUGUCAAGAGGGCGACGCUAGAGGAGGUCAGGGAGAGGUUAAGGUAUCUCAGUCGGAAGAGGCGAGAGGCAAUGCAGAAAGAAGAGCUGGAUCUGGAUAAGAGGCUGGAUCAGCGGAGAGAGGCGGAGGAUAAGGAGCGGGAGGCGAAGCGGCAGAAAAGAAAUGAGAAGAGGCGGGCGAAGAAGGAUGAUUGGGAUGGAUUUUGAAUAGCGAGCAUACACAUUGUACUGGAAGGGUCAAGGAUCAGAUCGAGAGAGGCAAUUGGCGUUAAGGUUGGAAAUCGAAGAUACCCCGGCAUAUCAGCAUAUUUUACCUGUAAAGCCAUCUAUGAUACAUGUUU